GCUGCGGCUCCUUACCCGCGCGGGAGGUGCCGAUCCCGCCCCGGCCAUGCUGGUGAGCAAGAGGGUGAAGCGCCUCUUGCAGCUGGUGCCUGGGAAGCAGCGCUUCGGCGCGUACCGGUUCCUGCCCUUCUUCUUCCUCCUCGGGGGAGCUAUGGAGUGGUUCAUGAUUAACGUCCGCAUUGGCAAGGAGACCUUCUAUGAUGUUUACCGCAGGAAACGAUCGGAAAGGCAGUAUGCAGCCAGGAUGGAGAAAGGGGAAUUUUAGCUCAAGCAGUUCAAGGGGAAGGUCCUGAAUGCUUCAACUGUAUUAAUACCAAAGAAGCAUUGCUGCCACACUGAUGGCAGGGGAAGGUUUUGUCUCUGCAAGGUGAACUGGAAUCCGCACGGUUGUGUGAUGUGCUUGCAGCUGGUUUUGGUGGUUUUAUUCUUCCAUCUAUUUCUUCAGUAUUUAAGCCAAACACAGUAGCAAAAAGUUCAUUGUGUUCAGGCCUCUGCCACUUAAUUUAAUGUUUGUUUAGUACUUUUAAAUAAACUGAACUGAAUAAA